CAUCGUCUUUCAUUCAAUAUUAAUUUUCAUAUAUAUCUUCAGGAUUGAUAUUCAUAUCGGAUUUUGAUUCAAUCUAAAAGGGCUUUUUUGCUGGUCUUCAAUAAACCUUAUCUAAUCAUCUAGAAUUGCUCGUCAUGGCUGAUUCUUCCAGAACUAUUAAUCAUAAACUUAAUGAUUUAUUAAGUAAAAAUAACAUCUCCAAGAAUAAGUUGGAUGCUACCACUGCUUUAAGUUAUGCUAGCGUACUUAAGGCCAACAUCCUUGGUAAGGAUAAACAAGAAAAGGUCAAUUCUAUUGUCGUUUUGGCCAAACUUCUUGAUUGUAUUGUUGGAGGAGAUGCUGUUCUGAAUGAUUUCACUAGAGUAUUGGAUCAUACCCUUUUCUCAACAUUAUUUUCAAUUGUAUCUCCAAACAUGUCCACUGAAACAUACAAGGCCAUUCUUAAAAUCGCCGUAAUUCUUAUCUCGGGCACAAUUUUCAAGACUAGAGAUGAUGAACUGGCACUUUCCAUAGACAAGUAUCUCCCACUUUACGAGUGUUUGAUUGAAUAUCUUGAUGUUUUAGACAUUAUGACCUCAAAAUUGUACUUGCAGGACAAUAAAAUUACAUACAAUUCCAUCAAGUUGGUAUCUGACUUGAUCAACAAGGCGCUGAAACAUGAAUAUAAUGGUAUCAUCACCUUGGCUGGUCGUCUUAAGCACGUGGCGUUUUUCUCCACUGUGGGGAACUUGAUUGAUACCGAUGAUCGUUCAAUUAUCGAUGGGAUCCAUAAUUUAAAGAUCUCCUAUUAUAAUUUGAAUGAAUAUCUUAAUAGAACACAUUUUGAUCUUUCGAUCAAAUCCCAUCAAGUCAUGCUUACCAAUUUGUUUAUCUUCUUGGAAGUUUCUUUGAAUGAAUUUGGUACUGUGGCAACCACUGAAGAAUACAUUAAGGCAGGAUUCACCGCAGACCCUAAACAAUUUGUAGUGGAUAACUUUACCGUUCUUCUUGCUAUGGAUUUGAAGAUUUUCUUGAAAGAUCCAAAUAUGACUUUCAAGAAAAGAUUCCAUGAAGAAUUAAUGAUGAGUAAUCAUAAUAGAACUUUCCCAUUGAAUCUUUUCAUUGAAAAAGCUACUGAUAUGUGGAUGACUAUUUUCCAUCAAAAGGAAGAACAUCCAACCAUCUAUGAUAAUAUUUUAUCUUGGGAACUUAUGAUCUUUUACACCAUGAAUAAUUGUCUUAUUUUAUGGCAAGAUACCAAGGCUAACUUGGAAAAUGACCAUGAUAUUGAUCGUAUUUUACAAUUACUUAUUUCACAAGUACCUGCAUUGGAAGUUGAAAUGGCUUCUGAUAAAAAAUCAGUUGAAGAAUGUCUUAAUAUUACUGCCACAAAUACAUCUUCAGAAUUAAGACACAAUCAAAUUUUCAUUCUUAAAAAGGAUCAUGAAAAUCGUUGGAAAUCCCAAUUUACUGAAUUUAAUCGUGAUUUAUCAACAGAAGUAAUGGAUUUUGUUUGUGAGCAAAGAGUCAUUCAACUUUUGAAAGGUUCUUGGGUCCAUACGGAAGCCCAUGGAGAACAACUUCUCAAGGUUAACUCAAUGACCAACUUUAAACUGCUGGUAGCUAACAAAUUUUAUUUUAUCAUGUUAUCUCCUAACAGAAAAUAUGUUUAUUAUAAGGAAUUUCCUGAAAAGACUCUGAUCAGUCCUUCAUAUGAAGAGAUGGAAUCUCAAUCUAUUCGUUUAAUGGAUAUUCAAGAUUUCAAAUCUACAAAGUUAGGUGAACAAAUUGGGGCUGCAGAAAAGCCUGCGUCUCAAUUGGUGACCAUUAAGGGUACCAUUUCCUAUGAAAAAAUUACUCUUCUUGGUGAAAAUAACCGUAAGCUUUUAAGUUUCUACACCGAUACCGAAGUUAGUAAGUACGUUUGGCUUGACGGGUUGAAGAUGUUGAGGGGAAUGAUUAAAAAGGGACAACUUUCUCAAGAAACUGAAAAACAAUUACAACUGUUGGUUGAGAUUAGAAGAAAUGCCCAAUUAUUGAGUCUUGAAGAUCAAAAGUUUGGCGGAGAACUCAACUUUGAUACAAAGCUCUUGGAGGAUUCUGAUGCUGAUGAAGAUGAUGAUGAAGAAUUCUAUGAUUUGGAUGAGUUGGUAUCCAUUACUACAGACGGUUUUUACUAUAAAUAGGUAGAGAAAAAAAGUGACACAUUUAAUUUAAUUUAUACAUAGAGAAGGAAGAGAGUAGAGUAGUUAGGCGAUUCGAGUAGAAAUACUCAAAGGUUCUUAGGAAAAUGGACCAUGCUAACCUAGAGGUGAAAUUUCGUGCUUUAUACUUACCUAGGCAGUCUAUAUCAAUUCUUUCUAAUUGUGACAAGUGAAUGUUCACAGGUUGGAUUGGCUGCGAAGUCAAAAGGGUGUCUAUUGGACAUGGCAUCUAUGGAAGUCUAAACUACUACUUGGAGAGGCCCGGUGAGUGGAAAACUUCACAUGUGAUUAUUCGCAUAUGCUUCACACUAUUCCGAACCUUUCCUUUGCUUGUUUGUUUUGUUUGUUUUUUUUUUCAAUAUGUG